CAGGUUUUGGGAAUAUGUCUAGAAAUACCAGAAGAAAAGAAGAGUCGUCGUCUCGUGGCUGGCUAAAAUAAUCCGUAACAGCCGCCAAACGCGCCUUAUCCCUUAUAAAAUAGCAGCGCUAAUGGAUAUCGGAGAAAUGGCCAGCGCCGUUGCUAUUUAGUGUUUACCUUUCUCCUGCUUGUCUCUCUUGUGCGUUAACACAAUUAAUACAGGCUUUUCCAAUAUUCCAUCGGAAUCUGCUGCCGAUUCCGUCGGAUAGAUUUAUACAAGGCGUAUAUGGAAAUGGAAGCAGCAGCAGCAGCCUCAGCGGAUACUGGAACUGAUCCUCAAUGCAAACGCAGCCUGAGUAGAAAGGUCUCAUCGACCUCGUCAUUUCGUCUACGCUGCCCCAGCCUCAACUCCCUCCGUCUUCGACGCAUAUUCGAUAUCUUUGACAAGAAUGGCGAUGGCAUGAUCACCGUCCAAGAGAUUAAUCAGGCCCUUAGUCUUCUAGGCCUCGAAGCAGAUCUCUCCGAGCUACAUUCAACCAUCAAAUCGUUUAUAGAGCCUGGCAACAUAGGCCUCAAGUUCGAGGAUUUCGUUGCUUUGCAUCAGUCAUUGGACCAAACUUUCUUUGGCUUGGAAGAGGAUGAUCAGGAGGAGGGAGUUGAAGACACGGUGUGUGAUGGGUCGGAGGCGAAGAUGUCGCAGGAGGAUUCGGACUUGACGGAGGCGUUUAAAGUGUUCGAUGAGGACGGCGAUGGAUUCAUUUCUGCCCAGGAAUUGCAAGUGGUGUUGGGGAAACUGGGAUUGCCAGAAGGGAGAGAGAUCGACAGAGUUCAACAGAUGAUCUGUUCCGUUGACCAAAACCAUGAUGGCCGUGUCGAUUUCUUUGAGUUCAAGCACAUGAUGCAGAGCGUUCUUGUCCGCAGCUCUUGACUUGAUCCAUCGUCUUUCCUUUUGCAGUUUACCCUUUUUUGGCUUUGUUUUUUGCUAUUUUCUUGUUGGUUUAGUCUUCCCUCAUAAAGAACACCGAACAGAACACCCUUGUAUUUUCAGCUCUUUCACCAUGAGCAUACAUAUAAAGGACUGUGUUGACAUA